UAUCCAACCCGGAACAGGGGACUUUUUAUUUCGUGACCUUGAAUCAAUAGGAGCGUGGAUUUCGAGUUAACCUUUGUUGUUUUCUGUAAAAAAACAAAAACAAAAAACUGUUUCAAUGAGGUAUAAGAAAAUCUUUGUGUAAGGAUUUGAUGUUUCUAAAAGUAGGAAGAUGGAGCUGCUUGCUGUGAUCCUUCUUUUUUAUGCCUCUCAGUAUUUGUUGACCAUGGGAGAAGAGGUUUUUGAGGGGGCAGAAUUAGUUGUGCUUCCGUGCCACUACUCUGGUGUAAUACCAGAGGUAAACACCUCAGUGAUUUGGAGCCGCAACGAUCUUAAACCCCAAACUGUCCAUUUGCGGCGAAAGGAGGAUGAUCUUUGUGGACAAAAUCAACGUUUCAGUGGCCGAACAUCAAUGAAAUCUGAUGCUUUAGACUCUAGAGACUUCAGCCUCAAUCUGAGAAAUCCUCGUCUGUAUGACAGUGGUAACUACGUCUGCAUCAUCAGUGACGGCACAGCAGAAAUAACAGUGACUGAGGUUCAACUACAGGUCAAAGCCUCUCCGGAGCUUUUGACAGUGACAGUGAAGGUCCUUAAGGGGGAAGAAUCUGUUGCGCUGCCCUGUCGGUACAGCAAAGUAUUAGAAGAAGUUGUUACAGUGAAAUGGAGCCGCUUUGAUCUCAAUCCCAAUAUUGUCCAUAAACGGCGAGAAGCAGACGACUUCCGUGAACAAAACCUGCUUUUCAGAAGACGAACAUCAAUGAGACCUGAUGCUUUAGACUCUGGUGACUUCAGCCUCACUCUGAAAGAACCACAACUGUCUGACAGCGGGAUCUACAUCUGCAGCAUUAUUGAUGAUGAAGAAGAAAUAUUCCUGUCGGAGGUUCAGCUACAUUUCAGAGCCUCCGAGGAGUCUUUGACUGUGACACUGGAGGUUUAUAAGGGGGAAGAAUCUGUAGUGCUGCCCUGCCAGUACAGCAAAGUAAUAGAAGAUCUUGUAACAGUGAAAUGGGGCCGCUCUGGUCUCAAUCCUGAUACUGUCCAUCAACGGAGAGAAAGAGACGACCUACGUGGACAAAACCAGCUUUUUGAAGGACGAACAUCAAUGAGACCUGAUGCUCUAGUCUCUGGUAACUUCAGCCUAACUCUGAAAGAACCACAACUGUCUGACAGCGGGAUCUACAUCUGCAGCAUCAUUGAUGAAGAAGAAGAAACUAUGCUGCUGGACGUUCAGCUGCAUGUUAAAGAAAUCUUUCCAACCUGGGCCAUAGUUCUGCUGGUUCUGCUGGUUCUUCUUGCUGUUUCUGGAGGUCUUUUAUUUCAUUUCAGACAAUAUUUAAUAUCAGUCUACAAGGUGGAGGUGGAUUCAGGAGUGGAGUCUGUUCUGCUGCCCUUUAAGACUACAGUCCGUCUGACUGAAGAAGUCACAGUAACAUGGAGAAACAACAGGAACAGGGUGGUUGAUAGUUAUCACUUAAAAGAGCUUCAACUCAGGCACUAUAAAGACAGAACAGAGAUGAAGGAAAAUUAUAAAUCUGGAGACUUCAGCCUGACCCUAAAGAACCCCACAGACAGAGACAGAGGAAUCUACACCUGCACCGUCUACAGAAAGGAAAAAAUCCUGGCUGAGAAACAAGUCCUGCUCAAGGUCAAAGGUGAAGCUGACUCUCUAAUCAUGGCCAUAGACUUUGGUUCAGCAUACAGCGGCUACGCCUUCAAUCUAAAACCCAGAGAGGAAGGAGGUGAGACCCAGUUAAAGAGAUGGGGUAAAGAACUUGGACUGGACUCCCCAAAGACUCCAACCUGCAUCCUGUUUGAUGAAGAUAGACAAUUCCUGGAGUUUGGUUAUGAAGCUAAAACAGCGUACAGCAACAUGAGACGAGAAGAAGCUGAGAAAUAUUAUUUCUUUGAAGACUUAAAGAGGAAAAUCCUGUACAUAGUAAGUAACAUUAAAGAUCUGCAGCCAGAGCUUCUUCUGCCUUGGAUCCUGCUGUGUCCUCUAUGUCCAGACCUGUCUUCUCAUUUAGAAACUGUGUCACUUUCUGAAUUAUCUGAGAGUUUAAAGCUGAACUGAAAUUAA